UGCCUCCGGCCCCGGCCGGUGCUUGCCCGGAGUCCGGGGAGCCGCGGUGCGAUGUGCAGGGCGCAGGGGGACGCCGUGGCCGGGCGGCGCUGCUGGCGGCUGCCCGGGACCCUGCUGCUGCUGCUGGCCUACGUGGGCUACCUGCUGCUGGGCAGCACGGCGUUCUGGGCGCUGGAGGGGCCCGCCGAGCGCCACUCGGCGCAGCAGCUGCUGCAGGACAAGUGGGAGCUGCUGGGCAAUUACACGUGCCUGAAGGGGCCGGCCCUGGAGCGCCUCAUCCAGGGUAUCAUCAAGGCCUAUAAGAGCGGCCUCACCCUCCAGGGAAACACCACCAGUCUGGGGAGAUGGGACUUUGUCGGCUCUUUCUUCUUCUCCAUCUCUGCGAUAACCACCAUCGGCUAUGGGAACCUGAGCCCCAACACUGUGAGUGCUCAGAUCUUCUGCAUCUUCUUUGCCCUCUUUGGGAUUCCUUUGAACCUCAUCCUCCUGAACCGGAUUGGGCACCUGAUGCUGUCUGGAGUUCAGCGAUGUGCCAAGCGCCUGGGGGAGAAGUUGCACUGGCAGGAGGCAGCAACCAUAUUGACAAGGACCUGUGCGCUGGUGACUGGCUUGUUGCUGUUCCUCCUGCUACCCCCAUUUCUGUUCUCUGUGAUAGAAGGCUGGACCUAUGAAGAAGGAUUCUACUAUUCCUUCGUUACCCUCAGCACAAUAGGCUUUGGAGAUUAUGUGAUUGGGAUGAACCCAGACCUCACCUACCCUUCCUGGUACAAGAACCUGGUAUCUGUGUGGAUCCUCUUUGGGAUGGCCUGGCUGGCCCUGGUCAUCAACCUGUGCAUCACCUUGCUAGAGAACUCUAGUGACCUCUGCCAGUGCGGCAAGAAGAAGAGCAAAGAGCUGGAGCAAGAGUUAAUGGAUUGCAACAAAAAUAGCAGCCCGAGGCCUGAUGACGUGGAGAACUGCAGCAGCAAGGACACAAAACCUGAAGGCGCAAACUGAAUGACGUGCACAGAGCUUCUCUGACGCAGUGUGAACUUUGCAGAAGGAACAUCUGAUGGGCUAGUCCUCUUUGGUGUGCCAGGAGUUGUAGCACCGUUCUGCUUAGAAUGCUUGGCGUAGAGUUCAGCCAGACAGCAGAAUUGAGUUUGGGGAGACUCUACUGUGAAUCAAGUGAUCGAAACAAAAUGUUGCAUUUUCAUAUUUUGAGAGACAGAAGGGAAAACCAAAAGCACUUUUUAGUGCCACUGGCUCCAGGGCUUAUUUCAUCCCAAUGAUUACAAAGUCUGCUUUUGAUCUGGACACAGACUGGAUUGUAAAUAGUUUGAUAAAUGGGAAAAUCUGAAAAAAGAAAUUGUUGUGAGAUUCUCAUGGCAUAAAGACCACAGUGGUCUGUGUGUUCCUAUUAGCCUACUGGCAUAUGCACUAGUACCUCCUGAUGGAUGGAAUGCUAGAACUGCUCAUGUGGCAUUCUGUCAAGCUCAUGAGACUGAUCAAGGGGUUUCCUGUUGAAAUAACUCCCCAGAAAUCCUUUGUGCUGCUUAAAAAGAGCUUAUGGAUUCUAGUGCCUGGUACCCUUCGGAUAUACGUUCCCAGUCUUCUCAUUCAGUCUUUCCUGCUGUGCUACCAGCAUCCUAAAUCAUGCAUUUUGAAAAUCUGGUCUUUUAGCCCAGGUUUGAGAUUUUGGAUGAGUCACCCACUAUCUGCAUGGGACCCAUGUUCAAGAAAAGCAAUGGGCAGAAGAGAAUGUGAUGGAUGUAAAAGGUAGUCUUUUGAGGUAGAGGGUUCAGCAUUUAGAAAUAGAGGGCCAGGAGCAUGGCAAUACAGAUACUUGAGUUGUUCACCGUCUCCCAUGGUCAAAGGUCCUGGAAUGCUUCCAAAAAGUGGAAGCUAUGGCUGUCAAGUGAUUUAAAAAAAUUAAUCGUGAUUAACGUGCUGUUAAACAAUAAUAGAAUACUACUUAUAUAAAUAUUUUUGGAUAUUUUCCACAUUUUCAAAUGUAUUGAUUUCAA